AUGACCGUCUUCGGGCCCCUUGGGGCGUCGCUCGCCCCCUACAUCACCAAGAACCGCGGGCUGUACAACAUGAUCAAGCCCAUCGCAGACUGGUACGCCAACGCUUCUGGCUACAGAAAAUACGGCUUCAAGUACGACGACCUCAUCGUCUCAGAGCGUCCCGACGUCGAGCGCGCCAUUGCUCGCCUGACCCCGCGUGAACGGUACGACCGCGCGUUCCGCAUGAAGCGCGCCUCGCAGUGCAGUGUUCUUCACGAGCCCCUUCCCAAGGACCAAUGGACUAAGCCUGAGGAGGACGUCCGCUACCUCACUCCUCACAUCGAAGACGUCGUCCGGGAGGACCAGGAGCGCGCGAAGUGGGACACCAUGGCGGUUGAGCGCAAGCGGUAG